UGCGCUCUUGCAUAAACAAAAAAGCAAAAGCAGCAAAAAUAUAUAUAUACGUUGCUGGAAGCGCGCGGACUUUAGAAGAAGGAGAUUGGGAAAGUGAAGAAGAAUAAAAAGAAAAAGUAAAUAUCCGUCCCGCUCGCGACGACAACCAACCAAUGCUGCGGCUACCGCCUGGGAAACAGAGCACGCAAGCGCUGUCCCGCCGCCAAGGUGCUGAAACGCACGCGUCGAGUCUUCCCCGCGUGACGUAGUGUGGCGGGUGUACCGUUUCGUGUGGACUGGAGCACUGAGAGUUCCAUAUCUGACCUCGCACUAUUGGGUGCUAGCACACACGGUGGUUUGUCACAUCUUCUGGGCGUACCGUUUGAGGAGCUGGAUCGUUACAUUGAGGUAAAUGUUGAGGACCCUGACACUAUGUUGCCCAAAUCCAGAAGAGCUCUCACAAUUCAGGAGAUCGCAGCACUCGCCAGAUCCUCACUUCAUGGUAUAUCUCAGGUGGUGAAGGAUCACGUAACAAAGCCAACAGCGAUGGCGCAGGGACGUGUCGCUCACCUGAUUGAGUGGAAAGGAUGGUGCAAACCUACCGAUACUCCCAACGCCCUCGAGUCUGACUUUAACUCCUACUCAGAUCUGUCAGAGGGCGAGCAGGAGGCUCGCUUUGCUGCUGGUGUGGCAGAACAGUUUGCCAUCGCCGAGGCAAAACUUCGUGCCUGGUCUUCAGUAGACGGAGAUGAAUCAAAUGAUGAUUCGUAUGAUGAGGACUUCCUGUCUGCUAACGAGCCCACAACACAGAGUACAGAUCUUUCUUCGUACCCUCAUUACCUGCGUGACCUCAUACACACUCGGGUCUGUGAGGCUCGGAUGCGUGAAGCUGAAAGUGGAGUCGCAGUCGAUCUUUCGCCACCGGCAGGAUUGGCAGGGUCGCCCCCGGACACACUGGAGUCCAGCACAUGCAGCUUGGACGAGACACACCCAUUGCUGCGUGACCUCGGUCGCUGUGGUGACAACCUCACUGCCAAGAUCCUGGGUGCGCUGCAUGGCAGGGAGGACCUCCUGCUUUUAGCACGCCUCCAGAGGGCAGGGCAAAGGCGGAGCCAUUUGUUCUCUGAGACGUUUGAAGAUGAUGAUGCGCCUUGCAAGGACUGUAGGAGCGGGGCUUGGUGCACGCAGGAAUAUUCCGCACGGAGGAAAGUUUCAGAUGUUGCUUCAUCCGGCGUGGUGUCACUCGAUGAGGAAGAUGAAGAUGAAGCAGACGAAGAUGCAGAAGAGGAAGAGGAGGAAAGAGAGCAGUGAACACUCGCUAUUCUAUUCCAGUCACAACCCCAGUUUCUGUUGGGAAUGUUUGAUUCGGCAUGUUUGUUUUAGACUCCGCCCCUCUCAUUUGCAUACAGACAGUUGUCUAAUGCCGACAAUAUCGUUUUUUUGUUGUUGUAUUUUUUUACAGCGUCUCAACAAUCUUUUCGGCAGUGCGGUGGAAAGGAAGAGGUUGAACUUGAACUGGAGGCCAUGCCUAUAACAUUUGCAAGAAAAUUACAUUAAAAAUGGAUCAAGUGAAGAAAAUGUCAUAAAAAACAAUGGAGAAAUGAAAGACUGAAAAUUUUCUUCUGCAUGUAUCGUAAGUCGAAUGCUUGAACGCUCGGAUUUGCACCGUCCAGUCUAUUUUUGCACGGUUUUGUGAAUUUUGGCUGUCCUGUUUAGCUCCGCCCCUUUUCUCGACAUUUCUGGCCCCAUUGCAUUCUGGGUCCUGGUUGCGCAUCCUUUGGGCAUGGCUGCUUGCUACAGAAACUCUUAUUGUAAUCUGCCAAACUGUUCGCCGUCACAAUCAACGACGAGAAAAUGCUGGAAUGUUGAAUAUUUGUAGUGUGAUGGGAAAAUGUAUUUUAAAACCAAGCAUAAAAAAAGAUUUUUUUCUUUCCUGGACUAAUUUUGUAAUCACUCAUUAUUAUUAUUAUUAUUAUUAUUAUUAUUAUUAUUAUUAUUAUUAUUAUUAUUAUUAUUAUUAUAGUCACAGUAUUUCCUUUUUUCUCUUAAUAAUCUCGGUGUGUGGUGAAGAACAGAAAGGAUUUGUGUCGAGGACGUUUCAGGGAUUGUGGGAAAGUCGGUCUAUUUUUGUACAUGUGAUUUUUUGCGGCAUGUCUGUGAGCGUGCGAUGCGUCAGAAAAGCUCUUCUCUCUUUCUUUGUUACAGAAAAAAAAGAUGUUUUUUUUUAUUGUGUCCUUCAGCUUUGUUUUUUAAGAGGAACAAUGUGACCAUGCUCGAUGUGACCUCUUCGAGAAACAUCUCAUUUUUUCUUUAUUCUCCAUAAAUGUCAAGUACUCUCUCUCUCUCUCUCUCUCUCUCUCUCUCUCUCUCUCUCUCACACACACACACACACACACACACACACACACACACACACACACACACACACACACACACACAGAG